AUGUCGACCGCUACAAAGCCCUCAGCGUUGACCUUCGAUCUCAAAGCCCGUUGUUCGACAUCCAAGGCCCGUGCCUCGACUCUGCAUUUGCCUCAUGGCCCGGUGGACCUUCCUAUAUUCAUGCCAGUGGCCACCCAGGCGUCUCUCAAAGGCCUGACUCCCGAACAAUUGGAAGAGACGGGUUGCAGACUGUGCCUGAACAAUACAUACCACCUGGGUUUGAAGCCUGGUCAAGCGGUUCUGGACACCAUCGGCGGAGCCCAUAAAUUACAAGGAUGGAACCACAAUAUCCUAACUGAUAGCGGCGGUUUUCAAAUGGUUUCGUUGCUCAAGUUGGCGAAGAUCACGGAGGAAGGCGUACGAUUCCUCAGCCCCCAUGAUGGCAGUCCAAUGCUCCUUACUCCCGAGCAUUCCAUGUCUCUUCAGAACUCGAUUGGCUCAGAUAUCAUGAUGCAGCUCGACGAUGUCAUUCAGACGACAUCACCUGAUCAUGCCCGUAUGAAGGAGGCCAUGGAACGGUCCAUCCGCUGGCUCGACAGAUGCAUCGCCGCACACAAGAAUCCCGAAACGCAGAACCUCUUUUGCAUCAUCCAGGGCGGUCUCGAUCUGGAAAUGAGACGACAGUGCUGCGAAGAAAUGGUCAACAGGGACACGCCAGGCAUAGCUAUUGGUGGCCUAUCUGGCGGAGAAGCAAAGGCGGAUUUUUGCAAAGUUGUUGAUGCAUGCACCGAUUUACUACCCGAGAAUAAGCCAAGAUAUGUCAUGGGCAUUGGUUAUCCAGAAGACAUAGUCGUCGCGGUAGCUCUCGGAGCGGAUAUGUUUGAUUGUGUAUGGCCGACGAGAACGGCGCGCUUCGGCAAUGCGAUCACUUCUAGCGGCGUCUUGAACCUAAAAAAUGCUCGGUAUGCUGAGGACUUCGGCCCCGUCGAGCAAGGAUGUACCUGCACUUGCUGUCGGCCGAAAGAGGAUGGCGGUCUUGCCAUCACCAGAGCGUAUAUAUACCAUCUUGCGGCUAAGGAGACUGUUGGGGCUCACCUAACGGCCAUCAUGGAAGACCGGUAUCCUGCAUUCUGCAAACAAUUCUUUGAAAAGUACUUUGACGGACAACCUCCACCGGAGUGGGCUGUCGAUGCUCUUAAGGGAGUGGGGAUUGAGAUAUAA